GGCGAGCGCCAUGGCUGCUGCGCGGCACCCCCAGGUCGGGGAGCUGCUGGCCGAGGCCCGGCAGGCCUUCCGGGAGGAGUUCGGGGCCGAGCCCGAGCUGGCCGUGUCGGCGCCGGGCCGCGUCAACCUCAUCGGGGAGCACACGGACUACAACCAGGGCCUGGUGCUGCCCAUGGCAUUAGAGCUUGUGACCGUGCUGGUGGGCAGCCCCCGAGCAGACGGGCUUGUCUCUCUUCUCACCACCUCUAUGGAUGCCGAUGAGCCCCGGCGGCUGCAGUUUCCGCUGCCCACAGCCCAGCGGUCGCUGGAGCCUGGGACCCCGCAAUGGGCCAACUAUGUCAAGGGAGUGAUUCAGCACUACCCAGCUGCCCCCCUCCCUGGCUUCAGUGCAGUGGUGGUCAGCUCUGUGCCCUUGGGGGGUGGACUAUCCAGCUCGGCAUCCCUGGAAGUGGCCACGUACACCUUCCUUCAGCAGCUCUGCCCAGACUCGGGGGCAAUAGCUGCCCGGGCCCAGGUGUGUCAGCGGGCUGAGCAUAGCUUCGCAGGGGUUCCCUGUGGCAUCAUGGACCAGCUCAUCGCCCUGCUGGGGCAGAACGGCCACGCACUGCUCAUUGACUGCAGGUCCCUGGAGACAAGCCUGGUGCCGCUGUCAGACCCCAAGCUGGCUGUGCUCAUCACCAACUCCAAUGUCCGCCACUCCCUGGGCUCCAGCGAGUACCCCCUGCGGCGGCGCCAGUGUGAAGAAGUGGCCCGGGCGCUGGGCAAAGAGAGCCUUCGGGAGGUGCAGCUGGAGGAGCUCGAGGCUGGCCGAGAGCUGGUAAGCAAGGAGGGCUUCCGGCGGGCACGGCACGUUGUGGGUGAGAUCCGGCGUACAGCCCAGGCAGCAGCUGCCCUGAGCCGUGGGGACUACAGAGCCUUCGGCCGCCUCAUGGUGGAGAGUCACCAUUCACUCAGGGACGACUAUGAGGUGAGCUGCACCGAGCUGGACCAACUGGUAGAAGCCGCGCUCUCUGUGCCCGGGGUUUAUGGCAGUCGCAUGACUGGUGGUGGCUUUGGUGGCUGCACAGUGACACUGCUGGAGACCACCGCAGCUUCCCGUGCCAUGCAGCACAUACAGGAGAAGUACAGCGGUACCGCCACCUUCUACCUCUCCCAAGCGGCUGACGGAGCCAAGGUGCUGCACUUGUGAGGUGCCCCCAGGAAGGCACACAGCGGGGACAGUGCCUGCAGGUGGCAGGUCAUGCGGCUCUGUUUCUGGCACCCACCUUCUACAUCUGGGUGCUCAAUAAACUUGUGCCUCCGACCAUGGUA